AGCUCCGCCCCGCGCUCGGGGCCGCUUCCUCGUGUGGUGAAGGCGGCGCUGUCAGUCAGUCACAGCCGCGCGGUGACACGGACACAGACAGUGACACAGUGACACAGACGCACAGCGGCGCUCGGCUUCGGGUUUCAGGGUCGCGGCUCAGUGUCCGGAGCAGCUGCUAAGAUGGCGAUGGCGGCGCUGUGCGGCGCUGCGCGGCUCUGUGCCGGUGUUUGCGGGCGGCGCGCGGGGACCUGGUGCGGCCUCAGCCAACAGCUCCGGAGCCUCGGCACCGGCAGCCCUGCCCGAGCGGCUCGCAAGUUUACAGACAAACAUGAAUGGGUAACAGUUGAAAAUGGAAUCGGGACAGUGGGAAUUAGUAAUUAUGCUCAGGAAUCAUUAGGCGACGUUGUAUAUUGUGGUUUGCCUGAAAUUGGCACAAAGCUGAACCAGUUGGAUGAAUUUGGUGCUCUGGAAAGCGUGAAGGCUGCUAGUGAACUAUAUUCACCUCUGACUGGAGAGGUAACUGACAUAAACAAGGUUCUUGCUGACCAGCCAGGAUUAGUCAAUAAAUCUUGCUAUAGUGAAGGUUGGCUUAUCAAAAUGUCUUUGGAUAAUCCUGCUGAAGUCGAUGAGCUGAUGACCGAAGAGGCUUAUGAGAAGUUUUUAAAGUCUAUCGAGGACUGAACCGUUCUUUAUCCUAAGCAAUGAGAAAAGCUUUCUCCGUGUACUUUAGUGGUGGAUUGUGUGCCAAGAACCCCUGGUUUAAGAAGCAAGAGUAAUUUAUGAGGAGUGCACUUUUGACGUGACUCUGGUAAAUUAGACAUUAUAAUGCAAAUAGAUGAGUUUUCUAAAGUAACAUUAUAAUUUACACAAUCUUCCCUGUUUUGGAAUAUCAGCAAUUGAAAGAUGAACUAUAUUAGCCUUAAUCUUUAACCUGUCAAUGGUAGGUUUUAAUUAACAUAAAAUGUUUUACUUUGUACAUUGAAAACAACCUAGUUCAUCAUGCAUAUCAAAGUGAUGAGCUCUGUUUUUGACAGACUUGUAAUUUAGACUAUGAACACUGUGGCAGAGUAUUUGUUUUGUUUUCCAGGCUAUUGUGCUAUAUUGAAAACUAUGAUGUUCACAUUAAAGAUGGCCUCGAUUUUAGCUUUUUUUUCUACAGAUUACAUUGCAAUUUAAUAGUGAAAGACUAAUUCGUAAUAAAAACUGAUCUAACUGGAAAAAUCAAAA